UGUCGCGCCGAAAAAAGGAAGAAAGAGGCUUUCUUUCUUCGAUUAGCUUUCGGGUUGUUUUAUUCUUGCGUGCGCCAGUGUUGAGAACAUGAAGAACAACGAUCGAUGUGUGCUCCGUUUAGCGGUACUGUUCGUCGUCUCGACGAUACCGGGUACGGUAAUUGGAGCACCUACCGCCGCCAAAGAAGAAAGAGCAUAUAUAUUUUUGCCUGCCACUGGGGUCGUGGCGAUGCCAGCUUUUGCGAACAAUGAAGCAACGUUGUAUCAACAGCUUCCUUAUCAGCCCCAUACUCGAGGUCCCUUUGACUUUAUAGGCAAUUGGAUUCAACAAUCUUCCUGGUUUCCCGUGGAAAUUAAUGUUCCAGACACGUUCGCUAAUAUAGGCAAUGGUUUAUCUCAGGUCACGCAGAACCUUGGCAACGGUUUCAAUCAGUUCACUCAAGGGGUGACCCAAGCCACGUCGAACUUGGGCAACGGAGUGUCUCAACUUUCUCAAAAUGUUGGCAAUGGAGUGUCUCAAUUUUCCCAAAAUGUCGGCAGUGGAGUGAACCAAUUCACUCAAGGAAUUGGAAGCAAUUGGAACCAAUUAUCUCAGAAUUUCAACAACUGGGCUCAAAAUUUGGGCCAGAGAAUUCCCAUCAUUAGCAACUUCGUAAGGCACAAGGUACCAGGUAGCGGACUCAUCGUAGUAGUACCAGUUGGAGGUAGUGACGUCGGGAUAAAACCUGCAGGGGUUGGAGUCAAUCAAGUUCUCGGGGAUGAGGUUUUGGAAUCGUUCCCAUAGUUUUGCCGUUAUUUUCUUGAACAGGGGGGCGAUUUUAAGAUUCUUACAUGGCGGCAAUUGGUGAAUAUGGCAUAAUGUUCUUGACAUAGUUGAGUCAAGAAAUCUCGCGUAUUGUCAUUUACAUAAAACUUUUUGGGUUAACUAUGUUUGAUUUAUUUUCGAGAGACAACUGACUAGUGAUAAGUUAUUUUAAUUGCUUCAUUCGAAUAUUUAGAGAAAAUCUGAAAGCCGUGUCACUUGACGAAUACAUAUUACGUUGUAAGGAAAUUGGCUUAAUCUAUUUAUUUAUUUAUUAUAAUAAUAUGCGCACUAUUUAUUAUUAAUUAUUACUUUGAUUACGAUAUAAAAACUUUAUAAUUAUUGUUUGUCAAUAAUAUAUUGCGAGUAUAUUGUUGCUUAUUAUCUUCCUACACUACCUAUAAAAGAAAUUAAUCUGGCACCAUGGCAUAUAUAUCUGAAAACAUUUUAAUAGUAUAUUGUACAAGUUUGAUAAAAGCUCCUUCAGUGGCGAGAGCAGGAGAGAAGUGAAUGUUUAAUAAAAAAACUAACCAAAACUAAUGAAGCUGCUGAUGUCCUACUCUAGCGAACUGUGAGCGACCCAAUAGAAAGAAAUUGAACAUAUUUCAGUUUAUUUGACCGUUUAGUAAUGUUUAGUAACUAUAAUUGUGAAAAAUAUAAAUAAAUUAAAAUUAUAUCCUAAAUAGUGACGUAGCUUAUUUAUUUUUUAAUAAUAAAAUUUGACUAUUUACACAAACUGUACCUAUUAAUUUUUAUGAAAUUUAAAUCUUCUGUGUGCAGAAUUCUACUUCAAUUGAGUUUAGUUUUCCUCUUUUAAUAUUUGCCAAUUUCAGUUAUAAAAUUCGUUUAUUGAAUUCAUUUAAGAUUAACUAGACGCGUUUAGUCCUUAUAGCAAAGAAAAGGAAAAACGAAAAGAAGUGCAGAAACAAAGUAAAUUCCCGUACAUUGGUAGCUAACACCUGCGCAAAUCGUAAAUCAUAGAGCAAAUCCACCAUUAAAACUCAACCCCUUUAGCGCUGUUGUGCAAUUUCCUGCCCUGACGGACAUGGCGAGUUACAUCCUCUAAAAAUUUUACAUUACCCAAAUUAUUGGCG